GGUGGCAGCGGGCGUCGUCCCCCGGAGGGGUUUUAAAAAAAAAUUUGUAAUCGUUAUUUUCUGAGCGGGGAGUGUCGACAGUGAGGGAGGUUUCCGCCGUCUCCCUUUGUUCUGAUUGGUUACCUGCUGAACGUCUGCAGUUGAGGCGUUAUUUGGAGAUUCCCAUCCUGUGGGUCAGGGUUGUGUCAGCCGGGGACGGGAGACAUCCCCGGGCCGGGCAGGAGCGGCGGCCGGUCGGCCGGCCGGAGCAAGGCGCUGCCUGCUCCCCGACUGUGUCCAGUCGGCGGCACUCGUCUCCGGGAGCCAUCUUUCGUGCUCGGAUAUUCCGCUUGGGAAAUGUGGCGACUAACAGGGAAUAAACCCGGCUGAUCCCUGCCCCUCUCUUGUUUAAUUUUUAUUUUGUUUUGUUCGAACUAAUAAUCGGUUUCAUUCACUGCGGGCACACUGAGCUCAAAGGCGAGGAGGGCGCCGAUGGGCGAGAAGAGCCGAGCCCGGAUCCUCUAGUCUGCACACACAUGGAUACCGGAUUGUGAAAGGUCUCUUCAAACAGCCAAAUAUCACUUGUAAACAUCGAGCGAGGUGGUUCAAUCCCCCAGGGACUCAGGAUUGCGAGGGUUUCCUCAAUUCUUCUAUUCCACGCCGAACUUGUUUUUAAGCAGGGCAGGCAGGAGUGAAUCUGAAUAUUUGCGUAAUAGAUCUCUUUCAGGCGAGAUAUUCAGGCGAUUUCAAACGGGAAUUUUGUAAACGUUCAAGGAAAUUAUCUUUUAGAAAGAAAAUUAGUGAUUUCAAAUGGACUUGACUCAGGUGCGACACUCAUUGCAAGAUUUAGUUUCGUGCAACUGUCGUUUGGAGUGUCAGGAAAAGGAAACGUGGCUGUUUUAAACAAUCAUUUGUACAGCGGAAACGUACUUGCAAUAAACAGCGGAAGGUGUGACUGAAGAUGUGCAAACACGAUCGUAGAAUAUUACUGGAUGUUGGAAAACAUGAAUGCCCAUAGCGAUCCACAAUGUGAAGCACACCCCAUGCAUACAAGGUUGGGAUGCUGUUGUGUUUUUCCAACAACUAUCCUGACAUCCGCAUGAUUUUAGUGAUUAUCCUUCUGGAGUGACAUUUAACACUCCGCGCAUUGAUGCCGUCCCCGAUGAAACAGUGCGAAUACAGCCAGAUUGCCACUCAGAGCUCGUCUCCUAUGGAGUCUCCUAAAAAGAAGAAAAUUCCGCGGAGGAAAUGGGAAGUUUUCCCAGGGAGAAAUAAAUUUUACUGCGAUGGCAGAAUCAUGAUGGCCAAUCAAACAGGAGUCUUCUAUCUUACACUUGUCUUGAUCGUGGUCACCAGUGGGUUCUUUUUUGCGUUCGACUGUCCAUACCUAGCAGUAAACAUCACACCCGUGAUACCAGCGAUAGCAGGAGUUUUGUUCUUUUUUGUGAUGGGAACGUUGCUCCGUACAAGCUUCAGUGAUCCAGGAGUUCUACCUCGUGCCACGCAAGAUGAAGCAGCAGACCUGGAAAGACAGAUAGAUAUUGCCAAUGGUUCAAGUUCAGGAGGUGGUUAUCGUCCUCCUCCCAGAACAAAAGAGGUGAUAAUUAAUGGACAGACAGUCAAGUUAAAGUACUGCUUUACCUGUAAGAUCUUCCGGCCACCACGUGCCUCUCACUGUAGCCUUUGUGAUAAUUGUGUAGAAAGAUUUGAUCACCAUUGCCCCUGGGUAGGCAACUGCGUGGGAAAAAGGAACUACAGAUUUUUUUACAUGUUUAUUUUAUCACUGUCAUUUUUGACAGUAUUCAUCUUCGCUUUCGUCAUCACUCAUGUCAUUCUCCGAUCCCAGAAGACAGGAUUUCUAAAUGCACUAAAAGACAGUCCUGCAAGUGUACUGGAGGCAGUUGUUUGUUUCUUCUCUGUGUGGUCAAUCCGCCUUUCAGGAUUUCAUACAUACCUGAUCAGCUCAAAUCAGACAACAAAUGAAGAUAUUAAAGGAUCUUGGUCAAACAAAAGAAGCAAAGACAAUUACAAUCCAUAUAGCUAUGGGAACAUCUUCACAAAUUGUUGUGCAGCUCUUUGUGGGCCUUUGCCACCAAGCUUAAUUGAUCGAAGAGGAACGAUCCAGUCAGAUACACCACAGCCAGCUAUGCCACCAAAUGGAGUCACCACAUAUGGGGCCACACAAACUCAGAGCAACAUGGCUGCAGCCAUACCACUUUUACAGAAUGAGUCAAGUCCAACCAGUGAAGAGCCUCCUCUACCUGGGAAGAUGACAGUUUCUCCUCCAUGUACCACAUUGGUUCUUGGGCAGCCAACACCUCCACCAUCUACUUCAAACCUUGCAGCAGAAACCAUAUUAACAGAUACGGUGCCACUGAAGGAAAAAUGUGAAGGUCACCACUUUCUUACGCCAGAAGAGGCUCCAUCACCUCCAGGAAUGCUUACCCCAGGUACUCCUCUUACUCAUAGCCACACAAUGCACGUCCUGAACGCAGUCACCCAGGAUUCAAUGCACGAGGAUUCAGUUCGAGGCCUUGUCAAGCUUAGUUCAGUUUGACCCAUUCUAACUUCCCAAAUUCCAGAUGUUGCUGUAAACACCAAAAGUCGUAUCAGGAAAUGGCAUCAUUUUUUCGGCACAGAACUGAAACAACAGACGACCACUUCUAUCUCGAUUACAGAGAAUAUGUGCCGCAGUGUGAAGAGGAGCCAUUCUGAGUCACUUAGACUAGGAAGCAGCAUUUAAUGGACAAUCCUUUGUCAAUGGGGCCAUAGCAAAAGACAAUUCAACUGCACUCAGAUACUGUACAAGUGUUAUUUCUAUUGUGCUGUACUUUGGAGAUGUUGCACAGUUGAGAUCAGUCGGAAAGAUCAAUGAAGUAUCAGGCUGCUGAAAUAGGAGAACACUGAGUAAAUCAAUUGCUAAACAGUAUGAAUCAUCUAUAUCAUCAAAAUAUGAGUAUCUCAUCUCUUGCGUGGGUGAUCCGGCAUAAGUAAUUAAUGAGGUGUUCUGACAAAGCUUGUUUAGACUGUAAUCUAAGUCAUUAUUCCACAUUGUAAACAAGUGUUAAAGAACCUGUGUAAAAAAAAAUUGUUUUCCAAAGAAUACAAACAAGGGCAAAGGAAAGCAGAGAAGUGAAAAAUCCUAUUAUCCUUCACUGUAUUCAUUUUUUUUGGGUUAGAAAGACCAAGAAUAUUAAGGGCCACUAAUGACUUAUCAUUUAUCUCUUUUUUAUGUACAGUGUUUGAAAAGAAGCUGUGUUGUGCCAUGUCACCAUUUAAAACGGGUGAUAUUUAUUUCCUGUGUUUAUUAAUAAAUUGAUGACACUUUUAUUCUUUAAA